CGAUUUUUAUCCCAAAAAAGAAAAAAAAAUAAUAAUAUACCCUACCCGAAGAAAAUGACCAUUUUGGACUAUUUAUUAGAUUGGCUUUGUUGGGCUGUAAUGGGCCUCCCUAGUGGGCAGGGCAAUUAUGAUGUUUACUGUCGGCUUGUAGUAGCCUGUAGGACAUGCGGAUUUGGAACUUUUUCCGUUUCUGGGGUUUAAUUUCUGGCUGUUUGAUUCCGAAGAUAAGAUGAGACAUGAGAGCACAGUACUAGGAACACAAUAAUAAAAUGUUCAUCUUUGUUCUUGUCCUUGCCCAACUCCGAUGACCAUGGUUUCCCAUCAUCCUUCGCUCCGGCGGAUCUCGGAUUGCUUUGUGAAACCAGAACGUCUUCCCCAGGAAUCGAAGCACCCAUAUUAUUUGAACCAUUGGGAUCUUCCCAUGCUUUCCAUGAACUACAUCCAGAAAGGGAUCCUCUUUCUCAAACCUUCGGAGGCCUAUGGCGACCCACACCGCUUCAUGCUCACUCUUCUCCGCCGCCUAAAAAACUCCCUCUCCACCGCUCUUUUCCAUUUCUACCCACUUAUAGGCGGAUUCUGUAUGGCAAACAAUGAGAUUGAGGGUAAAGCUUCCAUUUUUAUUUAUGUGGACUGCGUUAACAGCCCCGGAGCAAAGUUCACCCAUGCUGCUCUGGACGCCACAAUUUCUGACAUUCUGUCCCCAAAUGACGAUGAGCCUUUACUGCUCCAAUCUCUGUUUGACCUCAACGGAGCCGUCAACUACGACGCCCAYACCCUGCCUWURCUSUCCAUUCAGGUCACKGAAUUGUUGGACGGYAUCUUCAUCGGUUCCUCCUUCAACCAUUCCAUUGGCGACGGAACCUCUCACUGGAAUUUCAUCCGUACCUGGUCUGAGAUUUUUAAUGACGCUCCAAUUUCACGGCCGCCCAUUCUGAAGAAGUGGUUUCCGGAAGGGUAUGGUCCAAUCAUCAAUCUCCCCUUCACCCACCCGGAUCAAUUUAUCAGCAGAGUCGUAGCACCCCAACAACUUAGGGAAAGAGUGUUCCACUUCUCAAAAGAAUCCAUCACAAAGCUGAAAGCACAAGCCAACGCAGAGUGCGGCACCAACGAGAUCUCGUCCUUCCAAGCGUUGUGCGCGCUUGUAUGGAGGUCCAUAACACGAGCUCGUCGCGUACCAGAGGAUCAAAGCACCAUCUGCAAGUUGAUUGCCAAUAACAGAGGAAGACUAGAGCCGCCCUUGUGUGAAGACCACUUCGGCAACGUAGUGACGGCAGUGAAAGCAGAGGCAAAAUCAGGGGAAUUGGUGGAAGCAGGGGUUGGUUGGGGGGCUUGGAAAUUGCACGAAGCUGUGGUGGACAACAGGUACGAGAAGUUAAGAGAGGCAGUUGAAAAAUGGCUGCAAUCUCCCUCUUUACAUCGAUCAGGUGAAAUGGUUGAUCCGUACACCGUGGUGAUGGCGAGCUCCCCAAGAUUCAAGAUAUAUGAGAAUGAAUUUGGAAUGGGAAAAGCGGUGGGGGUUCGGAGUGGACAAGAAAACAAGUUCGAUGGGAAGGUGAGUUCAUAUCCAGGAUCUGAGGGAGGAGGAAGCAUAGAUUUAGAGAUCGCCCUGUUGCCGCAAAAUAUGGCUAAUUUGGAGUCCGAUUCCGAGUUUAUGGCUGCUAUAUGUUAAGCAUAUCUCUAGAUUCCCUAUACUAUAUAUAUUCCUAAGAAAAUAAUGAAGAAAUUAUGGCUACGGGUAUUUGUUCAGUUUCUUAAA